AUGAGCUACCUCUCACACCCUUUUCCUCUCGGAGGGCCUCCAGCAAUUCCCGUCGAACAAACCGUUGGCUUUGAAGUCCUAAUCGGGCACCCUCAUUUGGGCCAUUAUGUGAAUUCUUUUAUACUUUCUCAUGACCCAUUUGACAUAGUGGAAUAUUGUCCCUCCAAGCCUGCCAGUAUUGAAGAAUAUGAGUACACAGAGAACCUAUCACGUCCUCGACUGACAAAGGAACAAGUUGAUACGCUCGAGGCCCAGUUUCAGACCCAUCCGAAACCGAAUAGCAACGUCAAGCGUCAAUUAGCCACUCAAACAAAUCUCACUCUGCCUAGAGUUGCUAAUUGGUUUCAAAACCGACGUGCGAAGGCAAAGCAACAGAGAAGGCAAGAAGAAUUUGAGAGAACACAAGCAAGUGAGAACGGUGAACAGGGGGAAAGUAACGAGACCUCUCGGCAAGAAGGGGGCUUAGAAGCACAACCAGAACGUCCUGAAUUGACUUCAACCCCUACCCAGGACCCACUUCCCAGCUCGUCAUCUGCAAGUCCCUCUAGCACACCACACACUUCUACGACUCAGUCUGAAUGCGCCGUGUCACUCGAGAAAGCAAUGAACGAAAAUAUGUCUGCAAGUGCCCAAUUCAACCAAUCCGAGCAUAACGCCGGUGCAAACAAAUCCUUAGAAUCGAUGUAUCAUUCUUCUCAGCCUCGUUUGAAGAAUGAAGCUGUUGGCGCAGCCACCUCUGGCAUCCCUGAAUGGAAUGGACACGAAGACAAUUGCAAUUCUUUUUUUUUGGCUUCACCGCAAAGUGCGGGAAACAGCUUUGAUUUUACUCAUGUGAAUAGGCAGCAAUUAACCCCAAAUGACAACCCCUUCGAGAUCCGCAUUCACGAAAGUCCCCAGUUCCCCGCCUUCCAUUUCAAUCACGAGCCCGAUGGAUGGGAAUGUCACAGCGUGCCGAACUUGAUGGGAAGGCAGCAUGAUGCUCAAGAUCUAGGCGAUGAUUUUCAACCCUUUCCGUUUCAUGGGCUUCAAUCUCCGCUAUUUCCUGGUGAACAACGACGAGGGUCUUAUUCUUCAGAGCAUUCCGACCUCACAGAUAUUCCGUUCCACCCUGAAAUAAAUAACGAUCUUGAAGUAUCUCCCGAAAACAGUUCUCAGCUGAGCCUGGCCCAGUUGCACCACCACCAAGUUGAACCUUGCGCCAAUUGGCGGUAUCCGGAGAAAGAAGUUGAUCUUGCUGCUCGACGAAAACGACCUCGACCGGCCGCUAUCGGUACCUCCGCCAUAUCCCGUUUAUAUGUACCUUCCUCAAUGUCUUCCACCGCCAUGAUUCAGGGUAUGGGCGCUGGGCAUGUACUUCGACAUGCAAAAUCCACCCAGAACCUUAGCUCCAGUCGCAAUUCUCGCUAUCCAGGGAUUCGAAAAACUGCCGCUGCCCGCCGCUCCCCUCUUGGUAUAACAAGUUUUUCGGAAGCUAACCGUUUCAACCCGACGAAUGCGACGGAUAUGAUGUCAGCAGUACCCGGCCUGGUAACAACCACUUUGGCUCCGCCUACUCCGUUAACGCCGGAAGACUUCCAAACCCUUCUUCCGCCAACCCCAAAUGACAAUCAAUACUGCGUUUCGCCAACGGACGAGAUGGGUUGCACAAGGCUCUUUCCCAUGUCUCAACCCAUGCAGGUACAUCUCGAAUCCCCUCCUGCCACACCACUAAGUUUAAGUGUCCUCUCGCAGUUACAAUAUCAGCAGAUGGGUAUUUCAACGCCUGCUGCGGCUCCUCAAUCUACAACUUUCCAGGAGUACACUCUCUCUGUUCCAACCAAUCCGAUGAGCACUAGCCUUUGGCAUGGCGCUACUUCGAUGUCGUCCCCGGAGACCUUCCAAAUGCAGCCGCCAACAAUCCAUAUGCCCCAGCCAACCCACAUUUCUCCCAUUGCCUAUGGAGAGUCUUUGGAUUCGGGAAACCCUUCCUUCGUCGAGGGUAUGGCAAGCCAAAGUGCAUCGCCGCAAUGCACUAUUAAAAGCUGCAGUACCCCACCAUCAUGUUCCGAGGGGUCUAUCUCUGGUCCCCUUAAAGUAACCGAAUUUCUCAUUCAGGAGUUCCCACAACAGCAGGAAGCACAUAGGCGCGCGGCACAGCAGCUCCCCCCACAGCGGCCCAUGAACUAUACAUUCUCCAACCACACACCAAAUGACUUCUACGCUUGA